GCGGGCGUGCGCGCUCUCUCUCAGCCCGGCCUUUCCAUCCUCCCGGCCGUCCCCCCACCCCGCCCCGCGCGUUCUCACCGGAUCGUCAGCCCAGAGUCAGGACGAUGCGAAGCCAACCCCCUCGCCACCAGCCGCGUGCCGCAGUGUUUCGUAGUUAGGCGUCCCUGCGCACAGCGUUAUAGGUUUCUCGAAGAAAAUGAAUUUGGCCGAGAUCUGUGAUAAUGCUAAAAAAGGAAGGGAAUAUGCACUUCUCGGAAACUAUGACUCCUCCAUGGUUUAUUACCAGGGUGUCAUCCAGCAAAUUCAAAGACACUGUCAAUCCAUCAGAGACCCAGCACUGAAGGGCAAAUGGCAGCAGGUUCGGCAAGAACUACUGGAAGAAUAUGAGCAAGUAAAGAGCAUUGUCAACACUUUAGAGAGUUUUAAAAUAGACAAACCUACUGAUAUUCCUAUAUCUUAUCAAGAUGAAAAUUUCAGGGAUCCAACUGUUUGGCCACCUCCUGUUCCAGCUGAGCACAGACUCCCACCUCAAAUAAAACGACCCAAUCGAGAAGUGAAACCUCUGAGGAGAGAAUCGCCAGGAUUGCAGCGUGGGCCUGUGGGCAGAGCUCAACCAAUCUCAAAAAAUGAAAAACCUGCCAGCAGCCGAGAAAGGGACUCUAGAGCAAAAGGAAAAGAUGAAAAGGGAAAGAAGAUCCCCCAGGAUGGUGCCGGUGAUGGUGAAAUUCAGAAGUUUGAUGGAGCAGGAUAUGACAAAGAUCUGGUUGAAGCUCUCGAAAGAGACAUCGUGUCAAGGAAUCUAAGUAUUCAUUGGGAUGAUAUAGCAGACUUGGAAGAAGCAAAAAAAUUAUUAAGAGAAGCAGUUGUUCUUCCCAUGUGGAUGCCGGAUUUUUUCAAGGGGAUCAGGCGACCUUGGAAGGGAGUGUUGAUGGUUGGCCCUCCUGGGACUGGUAAAACCAUGCUAGCGAAGGCUGUCGCUACAGAAUGUGGAACAACUUUCUUCAACGUUUCUUCCUCCACUCUGACAUCCAAGUAUCGAGGCGAGUCUGAAAAGUUAGUUCGCUUGUUGUUUGAAAUGGCCCGAUUUUAUGCACCCACAACCAUUUUCAUUGAUGAAAUAGACUCCAUCUGUAGCCGCAGAGGCACCUCUGAUGAACAUGAGGCAAGCCGUCGGGUCAAAUCUGAGUUGCUUGUUCAGAUGGAUGGAGUAGGCGGGGCUCUGGAAAACGAUGACCCUUCGAGAAUGGUGAUGGUGCUGGCUGCUACAAAUUUCCCCUGGGACAUUGAUGAAGCUUUGAGAAGGAGACUGGAGAAAAGGAUCUAUAUACCAUUGCCUACAGCAAAAGGCCGAGCAGAGCUGCUUAAGAUUAAUCUUCGGGAAGUAGAACUGGAUCCUGACAUCAGCCUGGAAGAAAUUGCCGAGAAGAUUGAAGGCUACUCUGGUGCUGACAUCACUAACGUUUGCAGGGAUGCUUCUUUGAUGGCAAUGAGGCGCCGCAUUAAUGGCUUAUCCCCAGAAGAGAUCCGUGCAUUAUCUAAAGAAGAGCUUCAGAUGCCUGUUACCAAGGGAGACUUUGACCUGGCUCUGAAGAAAAUCUCCAAGUCUGUUUCAGCGGCAGACCUGGAGAAAUAUGAGAAGUGGAUGUCAGAAUUUGGAUCUGCUUAAGAGACAUCAUCUCACAAGGGAUUUUAGCUUUUCAGUUAUAAAAUAUUACGAAGACUUAGAAAUCUUUUAAGGCUUGAGUUUUUCCUAUGGACAAGGACCCUUUUAAACUUUUUUUUGCACUUUAAAGGGAACAAAAUAAAAUGUUACACAAUGAAAUCAUGGUAUUUCAUGGAUGAAUACUAAAAGCUGUAAAUGUAGCAAGGGAAUCCUAUGUGGUUUUGGUUGUCUGCACUUUUUUUUAACACUAGUUCCCAGUGUCCUGAUUUUCACGUUCUAGUCUUUCCUGGCUUUAAUCUGCCAAUCAGAUAUAGGACUGCAGGGGGAAAAAGUUGACAAAACUUACUGUUCUGUACUCUUGUUGUUGGGUCAUAUUGUUUGUCUAGUUAGAACCUGAUUCCUUGAACGUAGGACUGGCAUUUUUAUUCUUUGCCUCUCCCUCUCUGUUUAGAGAGCUCAUCAGUAUGAUCUAAGUUGAAAACACUGAGAUCACUUUACACUGCAGUCACGUUGUCAUGGCUACAGUCAUACCGUAUUUGCUAGAACACUAAUAAUCAUAUAAAAUGUGAAAGGGAAGUGCAUACCUCCAAAAUAUACACUGUAAAUCUGCGGCCAGUUAUAGCUCUUUGGCAUCUUUUGCUCCCAAACUCUGAAGAAAUGCACAUGUACUUUUCUCUCCCCUUGUGUUCGCUGCAGCUUGCACCAGGAGAAGUGCAGUGAAUGCAAUCGCUGCUUAAAGCGUGGAGCAGCCAGUCACAGAAAUCAUGUUGCAUCACAACCUUGAUGUUUGAAAUCUCAGGGCCAAUAUUGUUCUUGUUUCAGUUUUACACUUGUGUAAAUCUAUGGAUUUUGCUGGAUCUACUGCUGCCCUUGAUUUCUCAUUGUAUACCACUGUAAGCAAACAUUUCUUGAUAUACUUUGGCCUGGUAAGGGCAUAUAAAUUCCAGAGGUUAUAGUGGCUUAACUCUCCAGAGUAGGUCAUGUUAAAUGAGUGUACAUCUUGCACUUUUUCAUGCUUUAGACUAGCCUUUUUCUAAUUGGCUUUGUUACUGCCAGUUGCACCUUUGUUGCAGUACAGGAUCCCAAGGAUACCACUUGUGGAAGCUAAACUUGAAGAUAGAGAGCUGUCAUUCUUGACAUCCAGGAAUAAUCUCUCUCUCUCUCUUCUCCCCACCACCCUUAUUUCUGGUGCUUUCUAGCAUUUAUACUUGCGUUUGCAUAUUUCAGCCGUUUUCUUGGAUAUGACAAAUGGGUUCUCAUCUCUGCAUAAUAUUACCAAGGAUCCAUGGACAUGAAAAGAGGCACAUAACAGUGGCUUGUUCUUUGGGGCCCUUCAAAAAUAAUGUAUAAGCUCGCUUCUUGAACUUGUUUUGGGUGUGUGUAUGUGGAACUCGUUAUCAAAAGCUAUGUAUUUGGAGAUGAAUGUAUAUGAUCAGAACUGCAACUGAAUCUGGCUAUAAGAGAGUUACAUGAAUCACCUAAACCUAAGGCAAGGUUUCCAGUUUAGGGGAAAAAACAGGAAUGUCAUGUAAAUCGGUCUUCGACAUCUUGAAAUAAUCAAUAGACAUUUCCAAGCCACCCUUUCCUUUGGCAACUCAUCUAAAAUAAUUUGCAUUCCUGUCCUUUAAGGCAUUGCAAGAUGUAGGGGUUUUCAGAUGUCAAGCAUGCUGAUCUAGCACUUUGGGGCAGUAUCCAACCCAACAGUUCCUCUGGCACAAGGAUGUUUAGCUGCUUGGAAAUUUCCCUCCGUCCCUUAUCCCCAUACAUCUCCUAAAUUUGCUCUAGAAGGUUGGGGGAAAAACCCAGAACAGAUUUAGAGGUCACACAGAGAAGUUCUAUGGUGUUCGAGUCCUUGCCCUGGCAGAACUGUUCAGUUGGAUAUUGCUCUCUGACACCAGUGAGUCACCUGGGAGUAGAGCUGCUCCCUGUAUAGAUCUCUACUGGUCUUGCCACCAUUAGCCGUGUUAGACCAAGGACAAGCAUGUUCUAUGCUGUGUGGGUGGCACAGUAAAAAAGAAAGAGUAGUCAAGACAUCGGAUUACCUGGUGGUGUUUCCUAGAGGUGUCUUCCCCAGUUCAGUACUGCAGUGCUAAAUCAGUUUUCAGGAAAACGUCCGUCUAGGCCCGGCCUUAGUUUAGUUUCCGCCUCAAUCUCCAAGCAACUGACACAACAUCUCAGGGAGCUUUUCCUUAUAAGGGCUCCGUGCGUUGUUACUUAUUCGUUGUAAUAGCCGCCUUGUCAGCAUAGCACUUUCUAGACCUGUCCAGAACUACAGGUGUGACUUGGUUCCAUAAGAGAAGCAAGAGUGCUUAUGUAGCAGAGUCCUAUCAUACCAUAUUCGGCGAGCUAUUAAGGUUGUGUUGGGUUUCUUUACUUUGUUUUAACAUAGAAGAUGUAUUAGGUCAAGACUGUGAAUGAUCCACUGUGUUCAUCUCCAACAAAAGGCAGCUCUGCUUUGGGAGUAAUAAUAAUAAUAAUAAAUAUCCUAAUGGUGACUCACUUUUUUCUUUU